AUGGAUCGGCACUACAAGGGCAACAUUUCACGACAGCAAGCUGAACAGCUGCUGGCCUCGCGUGGUACAGUCGUUGGUGAUUUCGUGGUGCGCGAUACCACCAAGCAGCAAGGCCGAUAUGUCAUCACCUUCGUGUAUGGUCAGCCACAGGCGACGCAGAUGGGGCACAACAUGGUGUGGGCCACCAGCCGUGGCUUUUACAUCAUGGAUGUUAAAUCCUUCUUUCAGACCAUGGAUGAGCUCCUCGACUAUCUAGCGCAACAAGUGGUACCAGGGUUCACCGUCAAACUUCAAGUGGCGCCACCCGCGCCUGCACCCGUGCUUGCUCCAGGCAAGCCCAAACGCAACGCAUACGACGAAAUGGAAAUGCCUUGGUCCGGGCCCAAGCAUGAAUACGAGGAGAUUGAAUUCAAAGACCCCAAGGCUCAGACCACGCAAGCUGUUCUUCAGGCAGACGAAUAUGAGGUUAUUGACGUGGUGAGCGCACGCAAGGCUUACGAAGCCACGCGAUCUCUUCGGCAUCAGCCCAAUCCCACGGCAAGCCCGGCGCCGCGCCUCCCGGCAGCCACCGAGACGAAGCCGCCGCAAAUUAACCGUACGCGCAAACCCACCAUCACCACACAUUCAGCGUCACCUACCACGGCGCCACAGCCUGCUCCCCUAUCUCAGCCGAGCUCGGCCUCGAGCUCCCCCCAGCAGCCGUCGCGCCAGCCGGUACAACCGGCGACUCACCGCGCAACUCCAGCGGGUAGUACAUCGGCGCCCGUCGCCAUCAUGGCCGAGUACGCCACGGUGGAUGAGCUGCGGUCUGGGCAGUCAUCGGCUGCCGUGGCACCAAAAACCGAUGCAUACUCACAACUCAAGACCAUGGGUGUACCCAAAUCCCUUCGAGAUGCUUCGUGGCAGGUGGGCGGUUCACCCAGCGCUCAUCAACAAUCGUCCAAUGGCGCAAUGGAUGAUGAUUUUGAGGACCUGGACCUGGAUGCCCUGGCAGCCACCCUAGUUUUGGAUGGCGACGACUUUUGA